GCUUGGCCGAUCGUCUAUUAAUGUUCACAUGACCAUGCUUUCUUUUAGGGUUUCGUUGGAGUAAGAGAUCUGUCCGGCAUGAAUCAAAAUUUCACAGAUUACAAAUUAUAUCUGAAGAUCAAAUCAGGAGAAUUGAUGGAUAUGUUAUGUGCCCAAAAGAUGAAUUCAAAGUAGGUCGUCCCACUUCUGAUGGAACAUGUGUUUACGCCGGGUUAAGACUUGCAGAUGGCAAGGAGGUCGCAGUAAAAUGUAUGUUGACAGACAACUGUGAACAUUUGGCUGAGAAUGAAACUCAGAUAUACAAUAUGCUACAUAUGGAGACAUCUCCGCACGUUGUACGAUAUCUUCAUUAUCGACCAGAAGCUACAUUCACGUAUAUUGUUUUGGAACUUUGCGAGUUCUCCCUUACAGAAUAUGUGAACAGAGCCCGUGAUGAUCCCCAAAUCCCUUUUGACCCGCAAAAAAUAAUCAGAGAGAUCCUGACUGGACUAAAGAUUUUGCAUAAGCAAGGAAAUGAAGGAAUGAUAUUACAUCGUGAUUUGAAGCCUGAUAAUGUGUUGGUUGAUGUUCGGUGGAAUAUUCGUUUAGCGGACUUUGGGGUUAGCAAGAGAGUUGGCGAAGGUAUAGUUGAAUUUUCAUGGGGGAGGUUGUUAUGUAGUAAGCCGGUCAGGAUCGCCGAAAGGUUACGCGGGGCCCGGGGCACACCUUUCGCAGGGGGGGCCUAUGACGUCGUAAUUGUAAAACGAGAAAAGCCUAUAAUAUAGAGGUUCAGAUUUGCCUCUCACUGGCUCAGCACGUAUCUGAUUGGUUAAUCGAAUAUAUCAAACGCAUCUGAUUGGUUGAUGAUCUCUUAAUGGUAUGGCGGUAGUAGAAGUCAUAUCUGAACCUCUAAUAAUAACUUACUGACCGAGAGUGAGGGCAGUGCGAGAAAAUAUCCAACCGAGGUCUUGCUGUAUUGACCGAGCGAUAGCUAGCGAGGCCAAUACAGCAAGACCGAGAUUGGAUAUUUUCCCAUACUGUCCGAACGGUUUAGCUAGGUCAUUAAGUUUUUUAUUAUAUGGCAUUGUACGUUUGUAUAAAGCGGGAAAAAAAGGUCACGCGAGAGCAAAGUCCGAAACAUUUGCAAAGAAAACAAUUGUAAAAAAAUGCUCUCUUGAGUCUUGGUUAGUGAAACUAUACUCUACAGCACGUUUUUAUACUAACAGAGUUUUGGAUAGUAUUUCAAGAAAAAGACGAGGUGUUUAGUCAUUUAUAAUCAAAGACAACAAAUAUGAAAAUAAUAAAAUAUAUAUACAGCAUCGACAGGUAUAUGUUUUUAACUAACAAAAACCUAAAAUUUCAGGAAAAAACUAUAAAUCUUUGCCUACUAGUUGUAUUUUGUAUUUAGAUGCAUGGUGUCAAAUUCCUCCUGGCCAUCUCAUCUGCAAAUUAAAUUUGCAGCUUUUCACAUGUCAAAACACAACUAUUCUUGACUGCUUUAGGGACGGUCGACAAAUAGGGGGUAGCUCAGAAUCCGCGAUUACAAAAUAUCACUUACCAACAAUCUGUGCAAAAAAAACGCCAAAAAUGUGAUUUGUGACAUGGAUGUUCCACAGCUUACAUCAUUUCAAGUUUUUAAGUCACUCGCCACUAUCAAGAAAACUGCUUCUGCAUGGACGGAUGGGAUCCCAUUUUGGGUACGGCGGGGUUAUGCUCACGAAUUGACUCCGGUUGUGAGAUGUCUCGAAAUAAAUAAACCAAAAGGUAAACCGGUACCCUUGCUUAUUUCGACAUGGUAUCGGCCACCUAACUCACAUAUUGAUUUACUUGAUAUUAUUACGGGAACCACUGCAUGAGUAUUUUAAUAAAAUAUAAAACAACGGUAACUCCGAAAAUAAACAUUUUAAUAUUCUGGCUUUCGACUAAUUCAGUCAUCAAGAAUGAUACUAUAGGUUACAUUACAUUGAUAUAUAAUUAUAUAUAUAUAGUGAAGAUUAAGUAAUUUGUUAUGUACAGAAAAGAUUAUAUGGUUAAAUAUUAUAAGUUCUUUUGAUUUACUUGAUAUAUUCGAAAGCUUCUUACAAAGACUGGAUGACGAAAGAAAAGAAACAAUAAUAACAGGAGACCUAAAUUAGUGUAACCUUGCAACAGAAAGCAAUGCAUGCACACACGACUAAACUAAAAGACCUAAUGGACGUAUCAGCUACGGGAACAUAUUAAUGCAUUAAUCAGGAUAACUAAUAGUAAUACAACGCAAUCCCUUUUGGACGUAAUAUUAACCAAAAUAGAUGACAGAAAAACUCUUAAGCUUGUUCCUGCCCCUUCUACAUUACAUAUGUAGAAAAAUUGGCAUUCCAAAACAAAAACCAAAGAUAGUCGAAACAAGACAAUUCAAACAUUUUAAGACUGCCAAAUUUCAACAUGAUUUAAGAAUAGCGUUUAGCGACCUAUAGAUAAAGAGACUGACUCCAAUAAAGCAUGGAACGACCGGAAAGAAACGUUCCUUGACAUUGCAAACUUCCACGCACCAGUCUGUCAGACAAAGAAGGGUAAAAAGCGAAAUAAAACGUGGCUAACAAACGAAUUAAAAACGCUAUGACUUAUCGUAGAGAUUACCUGAAAAAGAAAGCUGUCAGUCUAAAUCUAAACUCGACAGUUUUCAUGCAUGAGUCAUAUAAAACUCCAACAAGCAAUCCAAAAGUACGAUAAUCAAAGAGAAAAGUGAAUGGAAAUACAGUAACUGGGGAUAUAUAAAUAUCUCAAAUUACAAAUUUAAUACUACACUUAAUAUACACAUUUAUACAAAUUCAAUGAAUAUUUUUUCUACAAUAGGCCUGUAAAUAAUACUAUUUCCAAUGCCUUAUUUAUUCCAAGGCCUGCAAAUAAUACUAUUUCCAAUGCCACUCCACUCGAAGUAUUUACAUUUGAAAGCAUCACACCAGCGCAAUCACAUUAAAAAGGAUAAAAGAUAAAACACCACCACUGACAAAGUUUCAAAUAAAUGAUUAAAAGCCGAUUAUUAAUUCACUAGCAUGUAUUUUUAACUUAUCUUUGAAUAUAGGAAUAUUUCCAUAUUGAAAUGAAGACUGCAAAAGUUACCUCCAUUUACAAGUCGGGGGAAAAAACAGACUAUACGGCAACUAUGGUAUAGGCCUAUAUAUAAGAUUUUCGAAAAGCUAGUCUACAACCAGAUAAACAACUUUCUAGUACAAACAAAAGACAUUUUACUGAAUGGGGUGUUCCCCAGGGAUCUAAUCUUGGUCCACUGCUCUUUCUAAUCUACAUAAACGAUUAGCCAAACUGCUUAGAAACAACACAACUCACAAGCAUCAAUGUUCGCUGAUGAUACUAACAUAUUAAGUCAUGGGAAUUCAGCAGCGAAAAUUGGGGGUGAAAUCAAUAUAGAUCUAAACAAUAUUCAUGAUUAGCUUACAUGCAGCUAACAAACUUAGUGGAGCAAAUUUUAAAUUUUUUUUUGCACUGAGCGUCGAUGUGUUCAUGCCACUUCAGUUGUUCCUCAUUAACUAUACUCCUAGAAUAUUUUUCUCGGCACUGUUUAUCGUAUAUGACAACAAAAAGACAAACGCCCUUUACAAGCCAAGCACACCUCACAAGCUAAGCACACAGUACUACAGUAACUGCAUCAACGUACAUAUAUAUUGUAUAUUUAUAAAUAAUUGUUAUAAACUGCAGGGAACAUUAAUUUUAUAUCUACUUUUGUAUACCGCACGGUCCUUUGAAAAGCAGGCAACUGGAAGGCUACCGUGUGCCUAAAUAAUAAUAAUAAUAAUACUAAUAAUAAUAAUAAUAAUAAUAAUAAUAAUAUAUGAACAUAUUUCAGUCGCUGAAAGCUGGUCGCGUUGUUUUAAUUUAAAUUAGAACGAUAUUUCAUGCGAUGUUCAUGUAAACAAUUCCGAGUGCUGUUGGAAACACUAUCUUUGAUAAAGCCAAAUAUCGCUAGUUUGUGAAACAAGACAUUUGACUGGUCCGCGAAGAGGAAGGGGAUCAGAACCAUCGCGGAACAAGUCCGCGAAUCUCUUUGUCUACCGUCCCUUACUUUGUAAUUACUUAAUUUACCUUGUAAUUUUGACUUUCGCUAACAAAAACGUAUUGAGAAAGUUUUUUACCCACAGCAGUUGCUCCUUUUCUCUAUUUUAGGCAUUUUUGCAUUUUGAAUAAUAAAAUGUCAUAGUAAAAAUUGGCAAACAGAGACGUAGGGGGGUCUGAACUCCCUCAUUCCCCCCUUGCCCCCCACUUUUUUCAGAACCAAUUUUGUAAUUCAAAACUGAGGAGAAACUGGGGGGAGGGGCGUAACCUCUUAAUAUUUUUAUCUAUGACAUAAAAUAUACCAAAUCUCUGGCUUAAUUUUCAGGUUGUCACAAAACGUGUCUAAACUGCAUGCGCAAAAUAGAAAAUAUUCCAGGGGACCAUGCCCCCAGGUGACCGGACGAUUAUACCCCCUCCUCCCACUCGUUUGGGUCUGGCCACGCCCCUGUUGGUAAAGUUGCCUAUACAGACGAGCAAAUGCUCGUCUGUAAUCGGUUUUAUAUAAGGCGUUUAUUUUGAAAAGCGAGGAAGCAGUAUCAUGCAGCAUUCACACAACCUGCAAUGUCAUAUAAUACCAGAAAACAUAACAUUAACAAUGUAACAUGAAAAGUAACACCUUAACUUUGUAAACCUUAUUUCCUCUGGAUGCGAGUGUGUCUGCCUAACAGAAAGGAAAUUUCCAUGCUCAAAUUAGUCUAUAUCGAAAAUUUCAUGUUUACACCGUUAGCUGGUGAAUUGACUGGAAUUUGUUUGUUGCAGCAAGUUUUCAAAACUUGGUUAACCCUCGCGAAACAUUUUUAUUUCUUAUAUCCAGGAAAUAAACACAACAAAAUAAUGCUUGGGUAAAUUAAACUAGUACGCCAAGCGAUAAAACGCGACCUUAGUUGUCGAACGUACGAGCUCGUAUGACAUUUCUGAAGCAUUUUAAGCCCUGUAGUGAAGGAAACAACACAUGUAUUUAUUUGCAUGGCAUCCAUAAUUAAAUGUGAGGAAAGUCCUUAUUACACAAAAGCGGAACUUUUCGAUAAUAUCCACUUUCCACCAAUUUGCGUUUUGUAUGGAUUUAUAGGACGUUCGACAAAUUAUACAUCUGGAAAAGGCAAUGCUGAAUGGCAAGCUGCAGAAUCCAUUCCUAUUGAUGGUGAGAAUCAACCCGUCGUGUAUAAACGAAAGUCCGAUAUUCAAGUGGCAGGAAUGCUAUCAUUUUAUGUGUUGACGAAGGGAAAACAUCCAUUCGGUGAUAUAAGUUAUGAAAGGCCAAAUAACAUAUAUCGUGGUAACCCAGGUAUAACUCAUUGACUCGUGUACCUAACAUUUUUGACUCCGUUGCUUUGUGUUUGAGGAGGGUCUUGAAGGGGUAAAAUGGGAACUGAGAUUUGUCUGUUUUUGGACUGGAAAAUGAGAUUUGGGUUGACAGACACAAAAAUGCGAAUGGAGAACGUUUUAUACAAUAAAGUUUAUCGACAGUCACCUUUGGUUCAUUUUCUUGUUGUGUAAUACUAUUAUUACUACUUCUUGCACAUGUAGACUAAUUAUUUCUAGUUUUUAGGUUGUCACGUUCAUUUUUCCGCUUGCAUUUUCAUAGAAAAGGCAAAAUAUCGAAGUCGCUCCUUGUUGCUUCCAUUUUGAGUUUUUGCCAACCUUCGGAACACUUGACACAACGUUCGCACGACAGAUUUCAGUAAUGUUGACGCAUGCGCAGACGUUUUUCCGCGGUCUAGUAAAUGCAGAAGAAUAUCGUGUUUUAAAAGGCUGGGAAAUGGAUUCUAGAAUCCUCCCCAUCGCCCUUUCAGGACUCAAUAGAAUUUAUUGAUUCAGACGGAACAUUUCUGAAAGUAUAUUUCCAAGUUUAUAAACAAGCUGUUGGAAAGAUUGCUUUGAAGAUCAACUUUAACCUAUAAGUUUAACCGGCUUUCGAACAACCGGCCCCAGAAUCGUGCGUACUGUACGUACGUAUUUGUGUAUCUCUUUCCAGGUUUUACAUUUAUUUAAUUAGUGACAAUCAGAGGAAGUACACCACCAUGUAAAUGCCAGUUUCUUUACCCCAAUGGAAAAGUGGCAUGCGUGCUGUGCUCUGACCUCUCUGAAAGGGCGUGGAUUUCCUAGAAAAGAUUUAUUUCAAAUAGACCCGUAUUACAUGUACAAGUAUAUAUCUAUGGCGUAUGUGUCAGAAGCGUAUUAAAUCUAAAGUCCCGCUAUUUUACUUAGUCUCUUUAGAUACACUAACUGAUUCUGUUGAAAGAGAUUUUGUUUCUUGGCUUCUUCAUAACAACAUCGAUGAUCGUCCCUCUGCAGAAGAAGCUCUCACGCAUCCGUAUUUAAAAUCAAUUGAUGAUCAAUUUCAUUUCUUGGUUGAAAUGGGAAAUGAACCGGAAAUAAAGGGUAAUACGCAUUGUUACGUAGUUGAAAAGUUGAAUAAUAUCCGACACAAAACAAGAAAAGAUUAUCCUAACGGAUGGAAGGCGAAGAUACAGCCAUCACAGGUAAAUUCUUUAUAUAAUAAUUUUACGAAAUUGAUGUAGCACAUAGAAACACUGUAGCACAUAGAACAACUUUGGUGUUUGAACUGUAUUUGAAAGGAAUCAGGAAACAUUAUUAUGAUGUAGCUGGACAUUGAAUAACUUCAAGGAAAGUUAUGGAGCAACUUUUAAAUUAGCAUAUGUAUUAAAGGUCAUUAAAUAAACCGGUAAAAUUAUAAAAUUUAAAUAUUUCACCACACGAUAUUAUGUCAUGAUGUAAUGUUCGGGGAAGCCUCACAGUGGAAGGUCGUCUCCAAUUGGAUGGGGGUUUUCUAAAGAACGAAGCAAUUCAUUGUUGUAAACACUAUAGGUGCAAGAAUCUUUGAGUUCUUUUUCUUGCCUUACAGGCCACGAUUUAAACGCGCUUCGAUUUUCGUUAGAUCUUUAUUUACACGUAUACGGUUUAAACUACAAAUACAAAAUUACAAUAAUAUAAGCUAUAGAGUAGAGAUUCCUUUACAGUAUAUUACAAAUAAGGUACUUACUCUUAUGACCUCUUGUAUCCUUUGUGAACGAUGUUCCUUAAAUAUAUUGAGCGAUGUUCAAUAACGAUUUUCGUAGCCUGCGAACAGGCUCUCAAGCUGAAUUGAGAGCCUGCAUCGAUGACUAAUGAAUUUGAAUAUCUGCGUCUCAAAUCGUGACGCGAAUUCUCAUUGGUCAGAUGCUAUAAUUUAUAUGUUUCCGCUGAGCUCUAUAUUAUGUCAACUGCUAAGCACUAUGCAUAAAAACACAUUAACUGAACAAAUUGGUCUUGGCCAUCUUAUCUCAAAGCACGAAAUGUUCUGUUUUGAGAAAACAGUAUUUAAAACAUUGGAACUUUUGCUUGAAUAUCUUAUAUUUCGAAAAACAGUAUAAACUGUACGGUCUAAAUUUAGUUUGCACGGUCUAAAUUUUGUUUGCACGAAAGUUGUAAACAACACCAUAUAAGGAUAGACAUUCCAUAUUUUGAAAAACGAACGUUACGGGGCAGAUAUUCAAAUUCAUUAGUCAUCGAUGCAGGCUCUCAAUUCAGCUUGAGAGCCUGUUCGCAGGCUACGAUUUUCGAUAUACCCUUGACUUGUAACAAACAGUUUUCAAUUUGUUCUACAGGGUGUCCCCAAAAAAACGAAAACUAUUGAAAUCACUUAUUGUUAAAUUUGAAUGCCCUACCAAACAGCUGGACGUAAUGAUGCGUAAAAUAUUGACAAGGUGCAUGUAUUAGAAUUUAGUUCGGAAUAUCUCCUGGUAAAGUGCGCGAUUUUCUGCUCCUGGGAAUUAAAAACAGCUUCUUAAACAGUUUCGUUAUGCAUAAAAUUUACUUAUGUCAAUCAUUUAUGCACUCGUGGGAACCAACAGAGCGCUAAGGCAUUCAAAUUCUAACAAUUAAAUUGUUAUUGGUGAUUUCAAUAGUUUUCGUUUUUUUUGGGACACCCUGUACAGGGUGUCUCAAAAAAACCCAAAAUCAUUGAAAUUGACGUAUUGUUCGAUAUUCAAUGCCCUAGCACUAAGUUAAUCCCACGAGUGCAUAAAAGAUUGACAUAACUGCUAUAAUGAAUGGGAAUACUCAGCGUAAACUUGUUAUGUCAGGCAUAAAGUACUAAACCCACGAAUGCAUAUUACGCAUAUUACAAUUUACGAAGCAUUUUUAAAUUCCUAUGAGCAAACAAACGUUCACUUUACAAAGAUAUUUUAAUUUUUUAAAACAAAUUAAUCACCCUGUCAAAAUCCUUUGUGUUACGGCAUUGAAAUUCGAACAAUACGUUAUUUCAAUGAUUUUGGUUUUUUUUGAGACACCCUGUAUAGUUCCCACCCACGCCUUAUAUACAGUACAUUGUAGAGUGCAACCAUCUGAGACGAUUUGAAUAUAUUAAUUAUAAUUUACUUAACAAAGCGUCUGCAUUAAUGCAGUUAUAAACACAAAAGCAAUUGUCAAAUCGAGCCAAUGAAAAUCACUCUUCCGAGCUACUGCGAGGCUACCCAAUGUUCGUUUUGUAUUUUGUAAGUUUCGCGCAAGUCCACAAAGCUAAUUGACAGGGGCUAGAAAUGUUUAAGAUAUGUGAAGUCUGUACUAAAGAAAGGCUAGAAGUAAGAUUUUACGCGUUCUCUUUCUUUUGUACCUCCAUAAGAAUAGAACUUACACACCACAUAGUUAUAUAUAUAUACCUGCACGUUUUGACUGAUACAUAUAAGUGUAGCAAACAUAACAUAACCAGCUGCGGACUUCGCUAACCAGCAAUAUUUACGCGUAUACAACAAAACAGCAAUUGUUAUUGUCCAAGUAAGCGUCGCAAAAUUACAGAGAAGAUACAGAGGCCGGCCCGACUCGGCCAAAAACUCCUAACCGCCGCCACGGCUAUCGCCAUGUUCCUGGCCAGUGCGCUUACGAGAGGCACUCGCUCCCCUGAACGUCUAAGCCAAGCCAUUGCGAAUGUUUUCAUGGAGUGGCGGCCUCUCUUGGCGCAAUGGCCAAUUUGUCUAUAUGGUGAUGGAUGGAUGGUGGGACUUGAAAGAUGCGUCCUUGGUAUAAAUUACGUUUUUGAAUCACUACUUUGCAGUACAGUCGAGAUACAGUAUAGAAAAUGAGCUUCACUUAUCUCUAAUGUUUUAUUUUUUUUUAGAUUUUAGAUGGAAUGUGUAUGCAUCCGCAUCAGUACAACGACAACAUAACCAGUUUGUUGAGAUUUCUGCGUAAUGUAAAGGCACAUAUUCACGACCCUAGUCAUAGUUCAGAAAUUGUCCGACAACACGUCGGUGAACCAGCUUCAUAUUUCCUGCACAGAGAUCGAUUUUCAACACUGCCCAUGCGUGUGCACAAGAUUCUUAGAAAACAAGCUAAACGCGUCCCUCAGAGUGGAGGCGAUGAAGACGUGUGGAUAAACCGAUCAACACUGAAGUCUUUCUUUUAAUGAAACUUUCUUGGAACUGUAAACGACGCUAAAAAUGUUAUAAAAUAACCUUUUUUUAUGAAUGACUUAGUUUAAUAUUAGUUCUUUAGUUAGAAGUAAUCCUUUUAGUUUUGUUUAUUAAAGCGCAAGACUUGACGAGUAAAAUCUUCUGGCGUAAGACAGAGUAAAAUAAUAAGUAGGGCGCAUUUGGGUGCAUGCAGCUUAUUGAACUACCAGCACAUGUUAUCGUCUAAUUAAUUAAAAUUAAUCCAGGUCCAACAGCCGUAAGGUGCAUUCAUUGGAAAAUUGUCUGACUUUUGCCCGAAUAAAUUGGGAAGAGUCGGCAUUGUGCAUAAAUGAUUAUAAAAUGAGUUUGUGAGUCUUUUUACAGACGUUUUCCCUCUCACCAGUAAAAUCAUAUUAUUAAUUAAAACAAAAAGUGGACGUCAUAUGCAGUUAGGGCUUAGUCACAGAAUAAAGAUCAGUACCAGAAGGGCCACUCAGCGAUGCAACGUGUCACCAUUUUUCUGUGCAAAAAUGUGCAAUUGACUGGCCAGAAGGCGGGGCCUUCAGCCAAUACAGCGCGUUUAUUGGCCAGAAAAUGUAAUCGACUGGCUAGGAAGAUGGCGGCCAGGGUAACAGAAACUUCAAAGCUUCCGACGUAAGUGGCCCUUCUGUGUGCCUUAUUCUGUGGCUUAGUUAAGUAAUGUAUUAUAAAUGUUUAUAAUAUAGCAUUUGUAAAUUCUGAACACUGAUUGGCUAAGAGCCGUGUUAAUAUAACUCCAUAUCAACACGGAAAAUUUCUUUAUAUUUCUUUCUGCUAUAUUAUAAAACAAAUAUAAAACUUUUUCCGCAUUGAUAUACAGUUAUAUCAAUACUCGUGCCUCGUGGAAAUUGGGAAAACUCGAAAUUGUGUGAAAUUUUCGAAAUUGUGUGAAAUCGUUUUCCCACUCGUGUUGAUUAAUUGUAUAUCAACACGGAAAAUGUUUUAUAUUUGUUAAUUAAAUAACGAACUUUUUUCGAAGACACUGAAAUUUUUCUAUCGACAAUUGAAUUAUUAUUAUAGCUAAUAAUUAUAAUAAGCUGUUUUUCCAAGUAUUUUAAAAAUACAAUACGUU